GGGGGCAAAAAAGAAUGACCUACGCAGGACUCGAACCUGCAAUCUCUUGAUCCGUAGUCAAGCGCCUUACCAUUGGGCCAGCAGGCCAAUUUGAUGAAAGAUGGCUGUGAUAAUUUGCUAGAUGAGUCAAAAAUAGCCGUUUUGGUCACCGGAAGUACCGUGCCGAGUGGGGGCGACUCCGAACCACCUUCAGCGGGGCAGUCGGAAUCCACGAUUAUGCCAGCGAUAUCAUUCGUGCAAUUACUUAUCGUCCAUGGGUGGUUCUUUAUCUCAUUAGUCAAACCGUUUGCUACUGUGUUCGUACUAGUUACUUGUCUGAGAUGAGAACCUCUGUCCCAGUGGCACCGCACUGUUCUCGGUUCCGGCGA